CACUCCUCCUCCACUCGUGAACCCCUCGCGUGACGUCACGUGCGCUCUCUCUCUCACUACUCACUACUCAAUACUCCCUCCGUCGCCGUUUUACCCAAAACUUUGAAACCUCUUCUCUUUCAAAACUCUCUUCUCUUUCUCCGCUUUGCGUCACUGUUAUGAGCGAGUCCUCUGCGGCGACGUCGUUUGGCCUGCGUCUGAUUGGUUUCAUGCUCGCGUUUUUGUGCUGAUUUUCUCUGUGAAAUCUUCUCGGGGUUUCUCGGCGAUGAGUGAAAUAAUUCGUUCUCUUGUGUUUGAUUCCGCGUUUCGCUUUUUUAACCGUUGUGCUGCGCAUGUAAGAAAUGUUUGAUUGGAACGACGAAGAGCUUGCUAACAUUGUAUGGGGUGAGGAGGGCGAGACUGAUGAUCAUAUUGUGCCUUAUCCAGAGGCAAGUGAAGAUCUUCGUGACAAGAAAGGAUGGAAUCAAGAAGAUUCUGUCACUAAACUGAUUGAGCAGAAGACAAUAGAGGCUAAAGCUGAAAUUCAUCAAGGAAAGCAAGGAAGCAGUUCCAAACUUGAUAUCAUUGAGGGACAAUCUCCCACAGAAUCUGGAACAAAGUCAUGGAACGACUUAUCUUUAUCCAGUGCAGCUAAAACUGAUCAGGGUUCCCUGGGUGCUGAAGUAUCUAAAAAUUUAGAAGAGUCUACACAGAUAGAAAAGGACGAAGAGAAGCAAGGUGAUUUUGCCAACUAUGCCUGGGAUAACAUCGGAAGCUUUGAUGACCUUGAUCGAAUUUUCAGCAAUGAUGACCCUAUAUUUGGCAAUGUAAGUCUCGAGAAUUCUGAUGAGCUGUGGUCUUCGAAAGAUGUCAGUAGCAGUACAGUACCAAUACUCUUGGAAGCACCAAGCCCAGCAAGUGCUUUAAGGAACAGAUCUGAGCCUUUGGAAAUUAAAGCAGAAUAUGCUCAACAGAAUGAUCAAUCAUUUUCCCCCAGAUUUAAGAGGAUCAGUGAUUCUUCAUCUCAUCAUGAUAUUCAGAAUGCUCCUGCAAACACAUACAAUGUAGGGUAUGCAAGAGAUAGAGUUAUCCCUCCUGAAAAGGAGCAGCAGGAUAUGGUAGGGAGGACCACUCCUGUGACCUCAACCUUAGCUUCUGAAAAUGUUCCAACUGCAAAAGGACUUACUGUUAAGGAUUUUGGGCAAAAGAAUCAGUUCAAAGCUCGGAAAAAAUCACAAGGUAAACAAGAGGGAAAAACAUUGCAGGAGUUUUAUAGUAGCUGGUCUCCUUCAUCAACCACAUCUGGAAAAUUUCAGAAUCAGCUGGUGUCUUCUGUCAUACAGUCUUCUCCCUCUUCAAUUCUUGGGCAACAGAACCAGCUUCAAGGACCUGAAACACUAUACCAGGACAUAACCAAUACAUAUGUGACAUCUCCUGCGUAUGGGAGCCUUACAAAUACAUAUCCGUCUAUCAGUUCUAUGUCAAUGCUACCACAGGCACAGUCAGGAGUUCUUAUGCAACAGCAUCUGCUUUCUGGGUAUGAAGCGUCACUUGGUGUAAUGAAUCCUGUGAGCAAGCCUGUGGACUUAGUCAAGCCUCUCAUUAUGACUCCCCAGGAAAAAAUUGAAAAGUUGAGGAGGCGGCAGCAAAUGCAGGCAAUGCUUGCUAUUCAGAAACAACAGCAAGAAUUUGGCCAUCAAAUUCCUAGCAAUAAUAAAUCUAUGAAUAAAAAAUGUGACAUAGAAAUGCAUAGUCAAGUUUGUGAUGGGGCAGAUCCUGAGAUUGAAGAUUUAAGAACUCUUCCAGCUCUAGAUCCACCAACUGAGCAAGAUGAUUCUAAUACAAUCUCCUCGGCAAUUGAUGAUCAUUUUGUUGAAGACACUGUGCUGUACAUGCUUCAGGAUAUUAUAUCAAAGUUAGAUGUCAAAAUAAGACUCUGCAUCAGGGAUAGCUUGUUCCGGUUGGCACAAAAUGCAAUGCAGAGGAAUUAUGCUAGUGAUACAAGCAGUGCAAACAACUGUAGCACAGAAGAACAUAAAGUUGUUGCAAGAGAAGAAAGAAGUAGCCAAAACAGAUGUACUGGGAAUGGGAUUGCUGAUGUUGAAACGAAGACAAAUCCCAUUGAUCGAACUGUGGCUCAUUUGCUCUUUCAUAGGCCUUUGGAGUUGACUCGGAAUUAUCCUGACAAACUGGAAUCACCUAUUUCUGCUAAGAUGCAAUUUGAAAGCAAAGGAACUAACCUAGAGAACUUUCUCAUGGGGUGCUUGCCAGAUGAGGACUUGAACAGUAAUCAACAAUUUUCUCACCAAGGGCUUAAGAAUUCUUGCUGUGUGUUUGAGACCCUGUCCAAGGACCAAUUUAAAAACAAUGAUUGCAUAGAUACUUCGGAGAAUGCUUCUAACAAUGAGCUUGCUGAUGCUGGAGAUCAGGUGCUUGAAGCCUCUCAAUGAAGAAAAAAGUUCCCCAGGAAUGCGAGGGUAAUUCCUUCCUUUAUUAUUUCACUGAUUAUUGCUAUGCUUUGGUCAUUUGAUUGAUUAUAUAUGGAUUUGCUGGUAAUGCAAAUGUUCUCUGUAAUUGUCAACUGUCUGGAUCAAAAUCAAGGCAACCGUUAAAGUCUACCAUGACAGAAUCCUGAUCACCUGUUUCACGCAUGCAUGUAAUCAAUAAUAUUUAUGUUUCUUAUGUCAAAACCUUUGACAGUAUGUAUCUCGGCAUAUGAACUUACUCAUUUUGGUGAGUGCCGAAUUAUGUUAAUAAUGACUCAGAUUUGUGUAGUAGUAGUAAUGCCACUCAUGUCAAAGACUACGUCAGAUUUGUGUUGUAGUGAUACCCCAGUCAAAUAGUCAAGUCUUGGCCUCAUUGGUUUGGACUAAAUGGUGUGUUGUAUUUCUGUA